AUGAUGAUGAGCCUCAACAGCGCGCUCCGUUCGCCGAUCGUCAGGAGCUUCGUGCCGUUCGCGGUCGUCGUCUCCGCCGCCACGGUCCUUGACCUCGUGGCAUCAGCGAGCCCAGGAGCAGCAGGGAGUGACGCCGUUGGCGAAGACGAGACCUUCUUGCUCCAAACGUUCACGGGCGAGGCUUCUGCGCCCAGCUCCUUCUUCGCCAAGGGCUCCGCAGGCCUCUGGGAGGCCUCUGCGAUCGCCGUGCUCCUCCCCAUAUUCGAGCUGAUCUCGCGCUCGGGCGGCGGAGCGAGGUCCAACAAGAAGUCCGCGGCGCUUCCCCAGCCUCGCAGCAGGCGCUCCAUUUCCAGGACGUCCGUGACGUCGAGCAGGGCGGAUGCCUCACCGAAGGAGCGCGCAUCCCCGGCGGACUUCUGCACCGCGGAGGACGAGCUCGACCCGUCGCCCGCGUGCGGCCAGUCCAGUCGGCUGCACGCCGCACUGAGGGCAGGUGACCUCGCGGGGGCGGAGGCCAUCGCCCGGCAGGCGAGAGCGGCAGGGCAGCAGAUGUCGGUCGUCAUGCACGGCGCGCUGAUCAACGCCUACGCCAAGGCCAGCGACGCCGUGGGCGCCGAGCGGUGGCUGACGAACCUCACUAACUCUGGGCAGGGAAGGCCGAACACCAUCUGCGUCAACAUCGUCAUCAGCGCGUGCGCGAAAGCUGGUGACAUCGCCAGCGCCGAGAAGUGGCUCACGAGGAUGCCCGAGCUCGGAUUGGAUCCCGACCAGAUGAGCUAUAACGCAGUGAUCGACGCCUGCGCGCGUAUUGGCGACGCCGAUCGGGCGGAACGGUGGCUCAACGAGAUGUCGCAGUCAGGAGCCGAGCCGAACGUCAUCAGCUACAGCUCCGUCGUGAACGCGUGCGCCAAGGCUGGCGACAUGAGCCGGGCGGAGUCGUGGCUGAAGCGGAUGGAGCAGAACGGCGUCUCUCCUAAUGUGAUCUGUUUCAACGCGGUCAUCCAUGCUUGCGCCAAGGCCGGCGAUUGCGAACGGGCAGAUUGGUGGAUCGACCGCAUGUUGGCGCAGGGAGUGCAGCCUACGGUGAACACCUACACGUCGGUCAUGGACUCCCUUGCCAAGAGCGGCAACAUCGAGGCAACGGAGAGGUGGCUCGUGCGCAUGCUCCAGGAGGGCGUCGAGGCUGACGUGGUGUGCUACAACAUGCUGCUCGGCGCCUGCAACCGGUGCGGCGACACCCAGCGCGCCCACGUGUGGUUCAAGAAGAUGCGCGAGCGUGGCGUCCAGCCCAACACUGUCUGCUUCAAUUUGCUGAUCAACGUCUACGCCCGCAACGGCGACAUCGAAGGUGCCGUGGAUUGCUUAAAGCAGAUGAAGGAGUGCAGCACUCCUCCCAACUCCGUGAGCUUCAACACCGUCAUCAAGGCCUGCACGCGUAAUGCCGACACGGCUGCUGCGGCCCAUUGGUUUGAGGAGAUGCAGAGAGCGGGCGUCCAGCCGGACUUGUUCACCUACAACGCGCUUAUCGCGACGGGUGCCCGCGCGAAGGACCCUUUGUGUGCCGAGCGAUGGUUGGUCCUCAUGAUGGAAAAUGGCAUCGAGGCGGAUGCGGUGAGCUACACGACCUGCAUAGACGCCUGUGCGCGCGGAAGCCAUGCUGCGUGGGGCGAGAAGUGGCUCGUGACGAUGGAAGAGGCUGGCUUCAAGCCGGGCGUCAAGAUCUACGGAAUCUUGAUGCACGCCGCGGCCAAGGAGAGUGAUUGUUGCCGGGUGGAGCGUUUGAUGCAGAGGAUGCGUUCUGCCGGCUUAGAGGCCAGCGGCUCCAUGUACAACGCGAUGAUAAGCGCUUGCGCCAAGCGUGGAGAGGUCGAGCGCGCAGAGAAGUGGUUAAGCCACAUGAUCAACACUGGCGUGUCGGUAGAUGCGGUCACGUACUCGACAGUGAUUCACGCAUGCGCCAAGUCCAGCGAUCUCGCUCGCGCCGAGCAUUGGAUGGAGCGCAUGCGCACAGCCGGUGUUGAGAGCAACAGUGUUACCUUCAAUUCUCUCAUCAACGUCUGUGCUCGCGCCGGCGACGCGGACCGCGCCGAGGAGUGGCUGACGAAGAUGCAGAAUGCAGGUCUGAGUCCAGGGGUGCUCACCUACAAUUCGGUGAUCAAUGCAUGCGCCAAGGCCGGAGACGCCGCUCGCGCGGAGUCCUGGCUCACGCGCAUGGAGGCGAAAGGCGCGCAGCCGGACAGCGUGAGUUACAGCACCGUCAUCCACGCCUACGUGAAGUCUUCCAACGAGAAGAGGGCGGAGCACUGGCUCGCACAGAUGCACGAGGUGCGCCUGACACCAAGCGCCACCUGCUACGAGUGGGUCAUCCAGGCGUGCACGCAGGCUGGCAACCUGGCCAGCGCCGAGCGCUGGAUGACGGCGGCGCUGAAGACAGCCGAGGUGAGCGCCCCCACCGUCAACAGGUUCAUCAACAGGUGCCUGCAGGGUAACGACCCCGUCAGGGCGGCACGCUGGACCAGGGAGAUGGAGCGCCGUGGCCUCGCCCCGUCGCCCCCUCGACCCUCCCGAGCCUGA